GCCAUUUUGCCGCUCAUCAUAUUGGUGUCACCUCGGUAUUUGGCCAAGCCGCAGGCUCCCCUAAGCAACGAACAUCACGGUUGCCUGCGAAAGGCAACAAGUGGUGACCCCGACGUGAUGCUUAGGGGAAUGAGUCGGCUGUCUGCUUGACGGGGCAGGAGCCCACCGCGGAGCGUUAGCACUUGCUGGGCGGUGGAAGCCGGGGGACAAGCCCGGGGACAGAGGGAAUCUGCAGUCACCCCUCUGUCGGUGGAGGUCGCGGACGAGCGACAGAUAUACCCUCCGGAAUCAUGCCGGAGAAGAGCCUGGGAUCCUGGUCUCAAUCGGGAGGAGGAUCGGGGGCGUCAUGGAAGCCGUCAUAAAGGCGUGGCUACUGGGGAAGCCGAAGACCCCGACACCGGAGAAGCGGAAAAAAACACUUAUAUGGGUGCGUGGACCACCGAAGACAAGCCAGGACACGGACCUGGCAACACAGCCGUUACUGCCCACACCGAGAAAUUUGGUUCUAUUUCUGCUAAUGUGCCUGUGUCUAUGUUCUUUGCCAGGGGGUGGCACGGCUAUUGACUUCUUGCUUUUAGCUCAAAGCCACGGAUGUGAGGAUGUCGAAGGGUUCUGUUGCUUCAACUUAAGUGAUCACAGCGCAUCGAUCCAUAAACAACUACAGUGGAUGCAAGGCCACACACAGAAGAUCAAGGUGCAGGCCGAUCCCUUCGGUGAAUGGUUGGAGGGUCUGUUUGGGGAAUUAGAGCCAUGGCUAAAACAAAUGCUUAAAACGCUUAUCGUAGGUUUAGCAAUAUUCUUGGCUAUUAUGCUCUGUCUUCCAUGCUUUGUUCAGCUUCUUAAGGCAUGCUUAAGAAACUUCAUAGAGGAAAUCUCACGUCAGCAGUACGUGUAUCAGCGCAUUCAGGAGCAAUUAUAGACGCACUUAGGAAUAGAAAUAGAGUUAGGAUUUGCGUUCGCGUUGUAACGGGUCAGCUUUCUAUGGCAUGGGGAGGGGGAGAUGUUGUAAUAGGCGUGAUCGGGGUCUCGGGAUGUAACGUGUCAGGCUCCUCCCUAUGUGUUAGGUACGUGCCACGUGUACCAUCCAGUGGGCGUACACGAAGGGUUAAAAGAUAUAUAAGUGCUUGUUAGAACUUAAUAAACGCCAUUUUGCCGCUCAUCA